GUGGGGGCGUGCCCUUGAGGAGGGCGGCGGCGGCGCGGGGCUCUCUCCUCGUGUUAGGCGUUGAGCCCCCGCUGCCGCCGCGACCGCCACCGGUGCCGCCUUUGCCGUUGCCUCUGCUGCCUCUGCCCCCGCGGUCGCCCCUGCCCGGCCUGGUCCGGCGUCGGGGUGAUCCCUGCAGGGUGAGACUGCUCCUCCUUUCGACACCUUCCGGUUCUGCCCCGCUCCUGGAGAUCCCCUCCCAGCGAGCCGCUGUUCUAGCCUCUCUGAACCUCUCGUGGCCCUGCACCUUCAGGGAAGAGGACGGUGAUGUCCAGGAGUACAAGCUCCCGAGACUACUGCGUCAGCAGAGGCGCCCGCUGGUGUCCCUGGAGCAUGGGAGGCUGCUGAGCUUGGCCGGUGGUGUCUGGCAGGAGCUGCGUGUCUCACCCCGUGGCAGGGAGGGCGUCCAUGGCUGCAGCCAACAAGGGCAACAAGCCCAGAGUCCGGAGUAUCCGCUUUGCAACAGGCCAUGAUGCAGAAGGCUCCCAGAGCCAUGUCCACUUUGAUGAGAAGCUGCAUGACUCCGUGGUCAUGGUCAGCCAGGAGAGUGAGAGCAGCUUUCUGGUCAAGGUUGGCUUCCUGAAGAUCCUGCACAGGUAUGAGAUUACCUUCACUCUGCCCCCAGUGCACAGGCUGAGCAAGGACGUCCGAGAGGCACCUGUCCCCAGCCUGCACCUCAAGCUCCUCAGCGUCAUGCCCAUCCCAGAAGGUUACAGCGUCAAGUGUGAGUACUCGGCGCACAAGGAGGGCGUCCUCAAGGAGGAGAUGCUGCUGGCCUGUGAAGGUGGCACCGGCACCUGCGUGCGGGUCGUGGUACAGGCACGCGUCAUGGACCGACACCACGGCACACCCAUGCUGCUAGAUGGUGUCAAGUGCGUGGGUGCUGAGCUUGAAUACGACUCGGAGCACAGUGAUUGGCACGGCUUCGACUGAGGCCCGCGCCCCCGCCUGCCUUGGGGCCCCUCAGCCUUAAACCCCACCUCCUCUCCCUGAAUGCUGCGUGACGGUGUAGCUUCCGCACCCCUCCCCGGGGUGGGCAUGGAGGUGGAGGGUCCAAGGGCCUCCAAGCCAGAGCCCUGCCCACACCUCUCACCUCAUAUGUGUGCCACCUCCCUGCCUCCCCAGCGUCCUCCUCUCCCACUUCCUCCUCUCGGUGUGCCUCAGUCUCCUGCCGGAAGAAAUGGGUUGAGCCCCCAGGGAGGCUAUCUGAGGAGGGAUGGGGGAGAGCCUGGGGCGGGUUUUACCAACCAUCCUCCCCAAGCCAUAGGGGCUCCUGCCAGGGCCUGGGAGAGGAGGGAGCUGGCUCUGUGGCAUAGCUGCCACCAGUAUUGCUGCUGCUGUCUCGCUUUGGCCACCUCUCCUGUCCCCUCCCUCUUUUCCACUGCUGUCCAUGGUGAGUAGGAGGGAGGUGCGGUCCCCAGCCCCUACUCCCCAGGUCUGUGUUACUUGGUUUUUAAAUGACUGGUUGGGCUAAAAUCCUAAAGAAAUAAAACUUCCAUUGGACACCAGA